AUGGUCGUCGACGCUCUCGUCCACCACCCUGCGCUGGCGCACUGGUUGCGCUUCGUCGCGACAACCGUCGGUCGUGAUAAGCUCCUGCGUACACUCCAAUACUUUUCCCGUUUCUACGCCUGGUACCUAUACCGCACCAACCGCCCCCAAUCCGCCAUCGACCCCUACAAUGCCGUGAAGAAGCAAUUCGGCACAACCCGCAAGAUCAUGCGUAUUGGCAAAUUCGCCGAACACCUUAAGGCUGCCUCCGUAGCCCUCGAUAACAAGGCUCCUAUUGAUCCUGUUCUCCGUUACCUGACUGUUGGUCGUCAGCUUGGUUACGCGGGUUACCUUACCCUGGAUACUAUUACCGUCGUUGAUAGUAUUGGAUACCGCAAGCUGGAGUCUGCGAAGAGACUUCAGGAAAGUGCUUACCGUGCUUGGGGUGCUGGUUUGCUUUGCAGUGCUGUUGCGGGUGUUUAUACUCUUUUCAAGUUGCAGGAGCGGGAGAAGUCUAUUAACCGAAAGGAAGGAGAGGGUGUUGUUGAGGCUAAGAAGAUUGAGAAGGAGCGCGCUGCUGCUCGCGUCCAGCUCUUCUCCGACCUCUGCGAUCUGGCGGUCCCCGCUGCUGCGCUGAGCAUUGUUAACAUUGAUGAUGGUCUGGUUGGUAUUGCGGGUACUGUUAGCUCGUUGAUUGGUGUCUGGUCCCAGUGGCGCAAGACUGCUUAA